CCAUACACGAUGGUUCACCUCAGUCUCAGCGAUAUUUCUAAGAGAUUAACAAAUGAAGAGUUAGAUAAAAUUUUUAAAUUAAAAACAAAUAGCCAAGACAGUGUUGUUAAUUAUCAAGUCAUGCGUGUGGGACCUGCGGGAGAAGGUUUGCUUAGUGCAGUUUAUAGAAUCAAUGUUAAAGGUGAAAAAUAUAAUACUAGUUUUGUCGCUAAAGGACUUGUCCUCGAUUUGAGACUCCGAAAAACUUUGAAUUGUGAAAUCUUUUUCCAAAGAGAGGUUGAAUUCUUCACCAAAAUUUUACCAAUACUCACGGAUUUACAAAUGUCGCUAAAUGCGAAAGAAUGCCUCCAAAACUAUAUUCCGCUUUGCUAUCAUUCCUAUUGCGACGGCUAUAAUGAUUUUUUAGUCAUGGAAGAUAUGUCUGAAAGUGGAUAUACAUCAUUGCCUCACGCACCAACAGAUUUUCAGAAAGAAGGGACCUUAAAAGUGUUGGCUCAUCUGCACGCGUUAUCAAUGGCCUUACGCAUAAAAAAACCAGAACUAUUUUACAAACUAGCCAAAGAAUUACCUGAAUGCUAUUUCAUUGAUAGAAGAAAGACUUGGUAUUCCAAGUGGCUUCAAAGGGCCAUAGAUAUCGACAAGGCUGUGGUAGCCGAGUUUAAAAAUAAAAUUGACAACGUGUAUCAUGAAAAGUUUAUGCAAUUCAUCAAUAAUGAUGUUUAUCAACAAUUACAAAAUAUUUCUAGCACUUGGGGUGACAAUACAGUGUUCAAUCACGGAGACUGUUGGUACGCAAAUUUUAUGAGUUCAAAGGAAGGCGUAGUAGCUCUCGAUUUCCAGUUAUAUAGAUUUGCGUCCCCAGCUGUAGAUCUAACAUACUUUAUGAUGACGUGUGCUAAUGUCAGCCCACUUGUUGAAGAUUAUAAAAAUACUUUAAAUGUGUAUUAUUCAUAUCUGCGGUAUUAUAUGGAGGACAUGAAUCUGAACGUAGACGAUGUAUUUCCCAGACAUGCUCUGGACUCCGAAAUGCAUAAAUAUGGAAAGAUUGGUUUUUUAGUCGCUUUAUCAUCAAUACCAUUAAUCAUAAGUGAAAGGUGUGAUGUUAUGCAAUCCUUUGAGGAAAAAUUUAAUGAUCAUGAUAUUAUCCCGCUAGAAGAACUUUGGGUACUUACACCUUUUAAGACAGACGAAGAAAAAAUGCGAUUAAUAAAUGCUUUGCAACUAUCUGUAGAUGUAGGGUUAAUAUAAUUGCAAGCAAUCUUUGAUUUUUGAGUUUACUCAAUUUUUUUCGUACUAAUUUGUUAUUAUUUUAUUAUGUCAUUAAUUUUUUGUUAUUGAACUUUAGUAUUAGUUUUAAUAAAAUUAUACAAAUGUAUUCCAUUACCAUGUAAAAAUAUAAAGUCGAUGCAAGUCACGUCGGCUUCCUAAAAACAGCGGUCUAAAGUUAAUAUAAUUCUAAGACAUUCCGUACGCAAAAAUUGGUAGCAAAUAUGUAGCAACAUAGAAUAUAAAUGUGAUGAUUUCUUUUAUUUGUACAUAUAUAAUGAGGUUGUUUAGCUAUAGACGAAAUUCUUUUAAUCGAUAAAGGUGACAUUUGAUAUAAUGUAUAUUUUUCGAAAACGUUUAAAAUAAUGUCUUACUAAUCGGUCGUACGAAAAUUAUUUUAUAAACUACAUCCACAACUUUAUUUCAAAUUACUUGUUUGUGCGCAAGGUAAUAUAACGUGGUAUAUUAACUCCCUUUCUGUCUAAUUGUAUUUACACUGCGAAAAGACAUAGAGUUCUAGAGGUGGUGCAAUUAUUGUUUGGUACUAAUUCUUUGUCCGAGGUAGCUGUUAGCUCUUCGUUCUCCUGUGAUGUCGACUAACCCUUUUUGCUAUUUCCUUAAAAAGCCUUAUAUAGAAACCCACGAACCAAGGGUCUAGACACCGUAUGCUUUGGUAAGUAUUAAGUGAGUAGUAAAUGCUUACCAAAACAUACGAAAACAACUUUUACUUGUACAGUUCCACUAAAAUCACUCAAAGAACGUUGACGCAUGUUAAUAUAAAGAAACAAUAAAGGGCAAAUGGUAGAGGGCAAGCUAAAGCGAGGAGACCCGUGUCUUAACACAAUGACGUUUCGGGGCAGUAGCCGCUAAUGUUUACAUUAAUAAUUUAUUAUACAAAGAACUGUUUGGGCCACAAGAGGUAAUUUGUAUAAUUAUGUGAAGGUUCUAUAUCACAGAACUAUAGAUACUAUCAACCAUGUAUGAGUACUUUGUUUUGCUAUGUUUUUUGUCGAAAAGAGUUUAUAAAAAGCUGUCUGAACAAAAGUAUUUCACUCUCCAAUUUCAAUUAUGUUUUAGAAGCUGAUUCUUUCUGAUCUCAGUAACAAACAAUACGUCGAUCUGUAUAUCUAAUGUUCAAAAUGAAUUCAUUAGUUCGUUUAGUUAAUACCUGACGAAUAUUAGAGCCGAAAUAAUCACAUAUGUUCAACUAAGUAAUUCAUAAAAACCCAUUUGAUUCGCUCUUAAACGAUAAUGCUUCUAAAAAUUAAUGACAAACGUUUUAAAAGGCUUAUGAAAAAAAAUGUCGUUUUAAAUGUAUGCUAAUUAUUUAAAUUUAACAUGAGCCAUUAAAAGUUAACAUACGGCGACACCAUACUUUGAUGUUCAAUAAAAAAGGAAUCAUGAGAGUAUUUGAAGGAACUUUGUUGUUAGAGACCACUUCUAAAGUCAGAUAAGGUCCUCGUAACAUGAAAAAAGUCGAACCCAUUUUGUAAACAGGUUGUAAACGAUCUUGUUAGAUGUUUUAAAGCUUUAGCUAAAAAGAAAACAUCAAAACUCUGGUCAUAAUUACAUACGAUUUCAGCCAAGUAUUAAUAAAAUAUACCGCGUAUAAUUCUGAGAUUUUGAAUUAGUAUCAAUUGUAUUUUUUUAAUAACUUAAAUAUAGAAUAAAAUGUAAGUAAAUGCCUAGUAGCCGGUAUUAAAAAUGCUACACUUCAACAUUUUGUGCAGAAAUGUAUUUAUUAAUAAAAUUCUUGUUUUAUGUCUAUAUAAACGCAAAUACUUGCUCAUUGAUGAGGAAUAUUGUGAAAAAAUUGGCAUCACUUAAAAAUCGUCAAAACAUCUAUCACAUAAUUUGAUAAAAAUAGUGACAAGACAUAAAAUUUUAAAUUACUGAUUGUUUGAAAUUACUUGUAAUAUUUGAGUUUAAAUUCUGCAUCAGUAGCAUAUAUCUCGAUAAAUUUUAAUACACACAUCCAAAAUUUUGUGGCAUUUGAAUUUAGAAACAUUCCACUGAAUAAGUUUUAAUAAAAUUCUAUAACAUUUAUUCAUUAAUUUUGCAUCCGUAUGAAAUCAUUUAAUUAACACAUAAUUACGACGACUGGUUCUUUAAAUGUAUUUUUAAUAUAGUAAACAACUAAUUCAAGGUUCUAAACAUAUCUAUGAAAACACGUCUUUUGACAUGUUUGUUGUAACUUAAUAAACGCAUAUACCACAUAAUAUAUAUUAGCACUUAUUUCUAGAAUAUUCGAGUUAAUAUAAUAUAUAAUACAAUAAGAUGUAUUAAACCAUUACUGUUUUGUAUUGGGGUAUGAUUUUUUUAUAUAUUAUAACAGCUGCAUUAUUCAAUGCUGUUUAAUUAAUUUAAUUAAAAUAACUGCCUUUCAUAUUGAGGAUUUCCGUCAAUAUGUAGUUACAUUCCAUUCGCUGUAUGUAAAAACAAACAACGUAUUGCCAGCAUCGCGUCAUGAUCCUGAGCAUAAGAAUGCUAAUUGCAAGUUAUCCUUGAAGUCAAUAACUAAGAAUAAAAGAUUUUUUUUUCAUUUAUUUAUUAGCCGGAUAGUAAAAGAUCUUUUUUUUGAUUGUGUUGCACUAGUACACGUGUCAUCCUUCUAUCCUUACCCCAACGUGUGUGAACGGAUGAUUCUACAUGUCCUAAGUAAGGCUUGCUCGAAAGGAAAAACAUUUUACAUUGCAAGGAAAGUAUGAGGA